AAUAAAUAAAUAAAAGAAAAAAUGAAAAAAAAAAGAGCUGCAUCUAAAGGUGAAGACGAAGAGAGAGGGCUCAGAAAUUUUCCUGUUCGGAAUUCAGAGAGAGGAGCGGAGAUAUCCCCAUAAAACCACAAGCUGGGAAAUAUGGAUCUCAGCCAGCCACAAGGGGAAAACUAUGCCAACCCAAAGACAUGUUUCUUCCAUGUUCUUUUCAAGGCUGGAGCAUUGGCUUUUUACAUACUUUCUGCCCUCUUUUUUGAUAACUUUGUCAUCAUUUUUGUCGUGACUGUUCUUCUUGCCGCUCUUGAUUUCUGGGUAGUUAAGAAUGUCAGUGGACGCAUCUUAGUUGGUUUGAGGUGGUGGAAUGAAAUAAAUGAUCUUGGGGAGAGCGUGUGGAAAUUUGAAUGCCUUGACCAAGAGUCAUUGGCCCGGAUGAACAAAAAGGAUUCAUGGCUCUUCUGGUGGACACUUUACAUCACGGCUGUCGCAUGGAUUGUGCUUGGAAUAUUUUCUCUAAUAAAGUUUCAGGCAGAUUAUCUCCUCGUUGUAGGAGUUUGUUUGACCCUGAGCAUUGCAAAUAUUGUUGGCUUUACCAAAUGCCGCAAAGAUGCGAAAAAGCAGAUCCAACAGUUUGCGUCCCAGACCAUUGCGUCGCGGUUCUCGUCUACAAUUCAGUCAGCAUUCAGUGUGGUCUGAGCGACUUGCGCAGGAUGAUAGGAAUAUUUUGGAACAAUUGAAACUUGUGUAAGAGCGUGUACAUGUUCACCAUAUUGACCGGCAGUAUCCUGCCUUCUUAUUCAGCUUUUGUAGAGAUAUUACGAAGUUUUUGUAUGAAAUGUUUCAUUUCUCCAGCCUUACUCUGUAAUUUAUAUAUAUAAAGUGAUGUUCAAAAUUGGACAAGUAACUUUUACCUUUUUUAA